AAAGUUGCAGCAAUAAAUAAAAUGAAAAUUCCAGAGAAUUUGCCAGAGCAGGUCGCUGAAAAACAGAAUAUCCAGACAGGAGGAGUCAAAGCAUUAUUUGCCUCAGUGGUGCUGGCAAAAAAUUUCUUCAAUCUGUCUUUUGCAUGGUUUUCAUUAAAUUUAGCUUACUUCUGCCUCGUCCUGAAUGUGGGCAAGUUUGGUCUCAGCAUCUUCUUGGUGCAGCUCCUGUUUGGAGUCUGUGAGAUACCAGCACAUCUCAUCUGUAUUUGGAUUCUGGAAGUGGUGGGGAGGAAACUAUCCCUGAUAUCGACCCUCCUGGCUGGUAGUGCUGCUUGCUUCUUAACCCUGGCCUUUUCUCAAGAUAAUGCCGUUGCCCUAACAGUCCUUGCAACCAUCGGAAAGUUCUUUUUCAGCUGGUCUGGCUCGGUCUGUAUGGUCUAUGCUCAGGAGUUGUUUCCUACUUCUGUUAGGCAAACGGCAGUUGGUUUGGCAUCCACCAUGUUUAGACUAGGAGGGCUGGUUGCACCAUUGCUCAACAUGUUGGCCAGAUAUCACUGGUCCAUUCCCAUCACUAUAUUUAGCAGCCUCACAUUAGUCUGUGCAGGCCUGAGCAUCCUGCUUCCUGAGACCAGGAGGAUGGAACUCCCUGAUUCAAGUGAAGAGACUGAAAGCAACAAAAAUAUGAGCACCAAGAAGAGCAGCGAGGAUUCCAACAUGGCACAUGUCACCAUGAGUUCAACCAAACUGUAGUCAGCAAAUAUCAAUUAUCAUCUGUUCAGUAGAAUAACACCAACUGAAUUUGAUGGUUUGUGAUACUGGAGCUGGACAAAU